CUUAUUUUAAAGGAGUAGGAAGUAUUUGGCUCUCUGGUACGGCACCUGCCCACCGUCUCCCCGCCUUCACCUCACCACCCACCGGCCUGUUUCCUCGUCGUCAUCGUUGAUGUGUCCUUGCUGUUUGACUCGCUGACCGACACAUACUUCAACUGGUGCCGCUAAAACUUCAGCAUCUCGGUUUUCAUUCAUUAGCACUUCCCCCUGUAAAAUAUGGAGUAACCACCGACAAAUUAAGCAUUGAAAAGCCACCUCUGCCGGGUGGAAAUGCCGGACCAAAGCGGCAAAGCAGCACCCGGGAGCCCCGCUGGUGGAAGCAGUGCAACUGCAGCGCAGAAUUCAGUACAUUUGAAUGGGCAUACCGUCACUCAGAAUGGACACAACACAAGCGUGACAUCAUCUCCAGAGCCACAGUUUGAAUCCCAAGCCCAGAGUCCCACACCCACUUCACCAGUUAUAGCCCCGAGGGAGCAGUGGGGUGGAAAGCAUGAGUUCCUCCUCUCCUGUAUUGGGUACUGUGUGGGACUGGGGAACGUAUGGAGGUUCCCAUAUCUCUGUUAUCGCAAUGGAGGAGGUGUGUUUCUUAUCCCAUACUUCAUAAUGCUCUUCAUUACGGGUGUUCCACUCUUCCUGAUGGAGCUGAGUUUGGGCCAGUAUGGUGCAGCUGGCCCGAUCACCGUGUGGAAAUGCUGCCCUCUGCUCAAAGGUAUUGGAAUUGGGAUGCUGUGCGUGUCCACCUUGGUGUGUCUCUACUACAACGUCAUCAUAGCGUGGACAUUUUACUACCUGGGCAGCUCGUUCCAAAGCCCCCUGCCCUGGUCAUGUGACGCUAUAGCCAACUUAGCUAUCUGUGCUAAUAUCACCGCUGGCAAUAGCUCUUCUGGUAGACCCCGCAGCCCCACAGAAAUAUUCUGGAAUGAGAGCGUGCUGGGUGUAGUGAACAGUGAGGGCCUCCAUGACCCGGGCCCUGUGCGGUGGCCCCUGGCUCUGUGCCUGCUGGCUGCCUGGAUCAUCAUCUUCUUGUGUAUGCUCAAGGGCAUUCGCAGCUCUGGCAAGGUGGUUUACGUGACGGCUACCUUCCCAUACUUUGUUCUCAUUGUUUUGAUCAUCAGAGGUGCCACGCUGGAAGGCUCUCUUCAAGGCGUUGCUUUCUACCUCACACCAGACUGGGGCCGGUUAGCUAACGCGCAGGUGUGGAAUGACGCCGCCUCACAGAUCUUCUACUCGUUAGGAAUAGGAGUUGGAGGGCUGCUUUCUAUGGCCUCUUACAAUAAAUUUGACAACAAUGUCAUCAGGGACACUAUAAUAAUCACUACAGGAAACUGCACCACCAGCUUCUUUGCAGGGUUUGCUAUUUUUUCAAUUCUGGGUCACAUGGCAUGGAGGAAGGGAGUGCCCGUUGGACAGGUGGCAGACACUGGUCCUGGAUUGGCCUUUGUUGCAUACCCAGAAGCCCUUGCCCUGCUCCCAGGCUCUGUAUUUUGGUCCAUUAUGUUCUUUCUCAUGCUUUUUAUGCUGGGGGUUGAUACACUGUUUGGCAACAUGGAGGCCAUCACUACGGCUGUUCUGGAUGAGUUUCCACACCUCAGAGGAAACACACUGCACAAGUCUUUGUUCUUGGGUGCUCUGUGUUUCUGCUUCUAUCUGAUGGGCCUCCUUUUAGUGACUGAUGGAGGGAUUUACUGGUUCACUCUCAUUGACUCCUUCAGCACUAGUUUUGGCCUCAUCAUCAUCACCCUUUUCAUGUGCCUUGGAAUCUCCUUUUUCUAUGGAGUCAACCAGUUUUGUCAAGACAUUAUUGAUAUGAUCUGCCACUGCCCUCCCUGGUGCAGCAAAGUGCUGCUUUACUUCAAAGCAUGCUGGGUUUUCUUCACUCCGUUUCUCCUGCUGUUCAUCCUGACCUACAUCUUCAUUGAGAUGUACAACACACCUCUCCACUACGGCUCAUAUGUGUAUCCACGGUGGGGCAAAGCUUUGGGCGUGUGCAUUGGUGCAACCUGCUGUCUACAGAUCCUCAUCUGGGCUAUUGUCGCCAUCAGCAGGGAAACUGGAACACUGAAAGAUCGUUUCAGGAAAACAAUUCGACCCCUAAACUCCUGGCGGGUAAAUAAUUUGAACAACACCGAAAGGGCAGUGGAACACAUGGAGCCCGAGAGAGUGGAAGCUCCUUAUACUGUUACCCUCACUGAUAUGGACUUUACAGCUAUGACAUGGGAGGUGGGAAGCCAGGCAUAAGGCACCAGUGAUGAACUCACAAUGAUGAUAAAAUUGUUGGGAAGACAGGAGUUUAUUCAUUUGUUACUCGCCCCAGCUUGGCUCUGGUGGCUGGGUCAUAUCAGACUGUGCUCUGCAGGGCAGUGUGAAAUUAUAGCUUUAUUUAUACUGUUAUAUAUGUAGGAAUAUUUUUUAAACACUUUUAUGCUGUGUCAAACAUAAUGUUACAAAGGUAAAGUAGAAAUUUAGAUCAUCUUCCUGAUGAUGAUCUUGCAACACCACAGAGGUGCAGUACAACAAACUUCCACUGAUAGCAUCAAAUCACAGCUGAUGGACCAGAUUUUUUUUUAUUCAUGUGCAAGGGAAGACAUAAUAAGACAUGAGGGACCUGGAGAAGUGACUACACAUCAACAGCCUGCCAGACAAAAUGUUGUUGACCGCAUAGCAGCACCAGGUCAUGAACACUUAAUCCAUCGUGCUUUUUUUUUUUUUUAAAUGAAUGACUGCUAAAAUUAUUUGUAGAAUAAAUUAAUGUAAAAAUUACUUGCCAAGCGAACAACUUUUUUUUUUCUUUUAGAUUCCGUUUAUGUCUGAGAUUAGUCUUUCAGAGUCUGAUAACUUGUUUUAAAUGAGCAAAUCAGACAGACUGCUGCAUAAAAUUGAUUAAUUUAUUGAAUUAUAUCCAGAACACAGUGCUGCCAUCUUAACAAAAUUAUGAGCUUGUAUUGUAGAUUUGCCUAUAAGUGGAAUAUCUGACAUAACCCACUGCUACUGUCUGGGAACAAAAUAGGAGUUGUACUCUUCUUGCACUGGAAGUUGGUUUUGACACUCCUUAAGUAUCAGUUCCCCUUAAGCUGUUUAUAAGCAGAGAGCUCUUAUAUCAUUGUUACAUAAUUGUGCUUGUGGGAUAAAGGUAGAAAAUGAAAUUAUUGUAAUAGUAUCCACUUUGCAAACUCCUCUCACAACUUUUUGGAGGUGUAAAUAAUACUCUGCUGUUAAGUUGGCCUUUUGCUCAGUUUAAUCAAUCAAUGUGUUUUUGUUUUACUCACCCAGUGAUAUUAAGCUUGGCACAUAAAGUAAAGAAUACUGGAAAGAACCCAGGAAAUAUACACCCACCUGUGACAGCUAAGCGCUCCAUUCAAAUGAAUGCGUGGUGCAUUCACUGAACAUGACUGUCACAGAUUUAGUAACCACACUAGUUGCACUUUUUUCCUAAUCUUCUAUCCCCAAAAGUUAUGUUUAGUGUAAGUACUAAAAAAAUGUGUCCAAUUAAACUAAUGUUUUCAUUAGAAGAUGUCGCAGGUCAAACUGAGGUCCAUGUCCUGCUUCCAACCUUCAGGCAGUGUUUUACUUUUCAUACUCUAUGUGUGGCCUAGAGAGAAGAAGUGAUAUGUUUAGAUAGAAAUGUAUAAUUUUAUCCUAUUUACUAUAUUUCACUUGCUUUUUAUAUAUAACUUUUUUGAAAAUACAGUGUACUUUUUAUCCAUUAUUUUCAGUUAACUCUGAUUACCAUGUUUCAACUUAUUUGGGUUUUCACACACACUCGCCUGCAUCGGUCAAUGUUAAAGUGACAAAGUUUUAAUAUUUCUCUCAAGCACAAACAUGAAAUAAACUCUAUUCAUUGUUGUA